GACUUCUGUCUCUCUCUUUGUUUUUCUUGUUUCUGCUGUGUUUGACAAGUAUAUUAUGGCUCAUUUUGAAAUUCUGCCUUGACCCCUUGAUUUUCAUUUCCCUCUUUUUCCAGACACCCUCAAGCUCAUCUACUGCUACAGUCUAGGGGAGUCGUGAGGAAUAAACUCCACCGAGCUCUGCAGGAGAACACAGUAAGCUCUAGUCACUGCGAAAUCAUGAGCGUUCCAACAACAGGAGGCCCGAAUGUGGAGGCGAAGGUGGUCUCCCAGGAGAUGGCAUUGCUUAGCAACAUACUGGCAGCUUACACCUUCAUUGCAGACCAACCCGAGCGGACAGCAUUGGUGUUUCUGGGCGGUGUGUGUGUCGGCCUUCUCUUCACACUGUGCGCCAUCGUCUUCCAGAUACACUGUCGAGCAGACUGCAACUACGGAAACAAUAACAACCCUCACCAUCGCCGCAGGAACAGGCAUCAUCACCGUCGCCCUCACAGCUGUCCCCACCACCAGCCCGGUGACAGUAAUCCAGACAGCACUGCUGUUGUUGCGUCUGGAGGGACCGGGCCUGCCGGGGACAGCGAGUCGGAGGACUGGGAUGACACAUCUGACCUGUCGGCACGACGACGCAGGCGCUUCGAGAGAGCUCUGCUGCACGCCACCAUGUUCACAUCAGCCGAGGAGCUGGACCGAGCCCAGCGGUUAGAAGAGCGGGAACGGAUUCUCAGAGAGAUCUGGAUGAACGGACAGCCAGACAUCAGUACAGUCACUCAAAGCCUCAACAGAUAUUACUGACACAAAAUCAGUCAGGCAAGUUGUCAGAAGGACAUGAAGAUGGCAGGCAGAUGGAUAAAAGGUAAAUAAGUCGGUAAACAAGUGAAAUAAAAUGAAAAAAAAAAAACACUGGAUGAAAUGAACAUAAACCCUCGGUUUGGGAGCACUCUCUGCACUGCACCAAAGAGACUCUUACAGAUCAAACAAUUACUGACAGCACUGCCUGGAGCAGUCCCCUCUGCUGUGUAAACAACAAGGAAAACAUAUGAAUUCUGAUGGCUCAAACCUCGAAUACAGGAUGACACUGAAGUGUUUGGAAGAAUGUCCUUGUUCCCCGAAAAUCCAACAAGUAAAGACACAACGGGACCUGCAGAGCGUGGAUUUGCAGGACUGCAGUCAUCAUUUGUUCAGAUAUUAUAUAAAGAAUGAAAAGAAGAGGACUGAAACUCUAGCCUGAGACUUAAAAAAAAUCCCGAGAUGUGUAACUGCUGCCAUGAAGUUACUGUAGGUGAAAACUGUACAAGGGAUUCAAUAACUUUUCACAUUUUUAAACAGAUGCUUUUCAGAAACAUGGAGCUACUGUGGUACAGAGGAGGAACAAGAGGCCUCAUGGAGGCUGCAGCUCUGCUGCUUUUGACGAGUGUAUGGAUCUAAAAUAUUGACACUGUGUUGUUGCACUUUUCUCAGCUCAUCCUUUAUUUGUUUUUAAAAACGCUACGAUCGUGAGCUGAGUACUGGAACCUCUUCGUAAGAUUAGAUUAGGAGGCAAGAGAAACACCAGCUCCAUGUCAGGGUGGAGACACACAUACUGGUGCUCUUACGGCCGCAAGUUUUCAUCCCUAAAUAAACUGAUGAAUGUGCAGUAACGGGCAUGGUUGUGGAGGUUGAAAAUAAAAUGGAGGCAUGCCAUCAAGGAUAACUUGCCUACAACCUGUUAGUAAGUUGUAUCUGUAGGCUUGGGAGCCUAUCAGCCGUAGGUGCUGUCACACAUCUGGACAGCAGGUCAUCAUGUUUGAGACGAUCAUACUGCCUUUCUUUAUUUGGCUCCUGUGAAAAUGAGCUGAAAGAAAAAAAAUUAAU